AUGCCAUCCCUACCAAAAGAAUACAAGGCGGCAGUCUUUGAAGCCAAAGGCCAACCUCUGACCUUUAAGCAAGUCAAGCUCGAACUGCCCAAGCCUGGAGAGGUCUUGGUCAAGGUACUGGCUUGUGGUGUCUGCCAUUCCGACGUUGCCGUCCAGAAUGCCUUGUUUGGCAAUUCCUUUCCCAUAGUCCCUGGCCACGAAGUCAUUGGCGAGGUGGCUGCGGUCCCAGAUGGAGAGACCCGCUGGGCCGUGGGCGCAAGAGUAGGCGCUCCAUGGCACGGUGGCCACGAUGGAACGUGCAAGGCGUGUCAACGAGGUCUGUUUCAGAUGUGCGAGAAAGAACAGAUCAACGGUGUUACACGGGACGGCGGGUAUGCCGAAUAUGUCACUCUCCGAACCGAGGCGGUCGUAUCGGUGCCCGAAGAUGUUGACCCUGCCGCCUUUUGCCCACUGCUCUGCGCUGGAGUGACUGUGUUCAACUCGUUGCGCAAGCAGAAUGUCAUACCAGGAUCACUUGUGGCCAUACAAGGCCUAGGCGGGCUUGGUCACCUUGCAUUGCAAUACACCUCGAAGAUGGGAUACCGUACUGUGGCUAUCUCCAGUAGCUCGGAGAAGAAGGACUUCGCUAUGAAACUCGGGGCACACGAUUACAUUGACGCGUCACAGGGCGACAUUGGCGAGCAACUCCAGAAGAUGGGAGGGGCUUCAUGUAUCAUCUUCACUGCGCCAAACCAGAAACUCAUUCCCUCGCUACUCCAGGGAUUGGGUCCAUUGGGGAAGCUCCUAAUUCUAGCUGCUUCUGCUCCGGUCGAAGUCAAUACGGCCUCCAUGAUCCACUAUGGGUUGAGUCUUGUGGCCUGGCCAAGUGGUCAUGCGCUCGACAGUGAGGAAGCAAUUGACUUUGCAAGAGUGCACGAUGUCAAUGUCAUGAUCGAGAAAUUCCCAUUGGACAAAGCCAACGACGCCUUGAAGAAGAUGAUGGACGGGAAGGUGAGAUUCAGAGGUGUUUUGGUGCCAUAG